AUGCAUACCUAGAUUGCUGUGGGCACGCUUGUGUACAUACGGAUAGCAACAGCAGGGUCCAGGUCGGUUGGAUGGCGUGUAGAAGAGAAGCCAACGUUUUCGUCCUGCUAUUGAUUGACAUCGACCUUCAAUACCCGCAACGACAGGCGUCAGCGUUUAUCCCCUCUCCGCCGGCGAGGCAGCGCUUCCAUUCCACCGCACCAACCACCACCGCACGAAGCGUCAUCAUCAACAGCCGCUGCUCCAGAUCACGGUGCCCCGCGGCGGCCGCUGCGUCUCCCGCUCCAAGGGAGGGCGCUUCCACCGCUCAAGAGGACGGUGCCAGCGCGAGGCACCACGAGGCAACAACGCCGGCCGCAGUUACCGUAGCGGAAGCAACCUCCGGUAAGGCUCAUGUCCCGGAGGCUGCAGCAGCAUUAGAGGCGGGGCCGCCGCCACCGCCGCCGCCGCCGUCGUAUCGCCGGCUGUACGACGCGGCCAUGGAGUUGCUCGAGAGCGAGAUCGGGCUCGAACCCUACCCGAUCCCGCAAGGCUUGGGGGGGAACUGUGCCGUGGUAGGAAAAGGGCGCAAUUUGCAGACCGUGGAGACAAGCAUCACAGCGUUCCGGUCAAGCAAGUUCCGACAGGUUCGGGCAGCCUUGGUGGAGACGGACCAGGCUACCCAAGUGCUAAACCUCGUCAUGUUCCCGAGCCCCAGCUACGACUUGCCCAUCUUCGGAGCGGACCUCGUGACACUUCCGGGGGUGCAUCUGAUCUGCAUCGACCUGCAGCCUGCACACCCGGCUCAGCAGCUAGACGCGAAGGCCUAUGAAGCCAUGCGCGAAGCCCACAAGCGGCAUGUGAAGGCGUUGCCUUGGGGGGGCGACCUUCCCGAAGCGGCACAAAAGUUCUUCUCUCCGCACUGCCUCUGGGCGAAGCUGGAUCCGGAGGAGGCGGUGGAGCAGAAAGCCCUGGACGCUAUGAUGGAUUAUCUUCGAGAGUAUCUACGUCUUGUUGAGGACGCUGAGCCGGUGGAGGGGGACGGCCCACUAGCGGAAAUUUCCUCGGGCCACGCGGAGUACAGCAAGUACAGGCGAGAGAACGACCCUGCAAGAGGGAUGCUGACCCGUUUCUAUGGCGCAGAGUGGACUGAGGCCGCGAUCGCGGGGAUCCUUUUCGAUUUCGAGAAGCAAGUUUCCACGCGAGUAAGGAAAAGUUGAAAAAUAUAGCUGAGAAUCUGGGUGUAGAAGUUUGUUUGAAAGAAACGUGGUUCAAUUAUUCGACACCCCCUGUGAGUGAGCUUGCAUGGUGAAUAGAUGUUGUGUCUGCUGUGAUAUAUUGUCUACCGAGUUCUACCCUUUGGCCUUAUUUCACUCCUUAGACAUUAACUCAGGGAAAACGGACCAAGCAUCGGAGUAAUAUCGGAUUAUCCGGGCCGGGUCCCAACUGGGUCCCGCCCCUGAGAGACAUUUUUUUUACGGUGGAGAAUGUGAAGAACGGUCCGGCUACCAAGGUAUUCAUCAUUUGACGUUUACCGUUAUCGGUUCACCUCGACGAUGGCUCAUGGGAAGUAAGAGCAACGCGGGAUUGGUUUUUAUAUUUUUCAGAAUUCGGCCCGACAUUGAUCACGCUCGCGAGGCUGGGAGCUACUAAAGCGGGGCCGGAGUUGCUGAACAUUGACCAAACAGAGAGCGUAGAUUGCUCUGUGUGAGUUUGUCCCGUCUCCCGUGCCGUCUAUUCCGGCACCACACUCACUCCGGCCCGUCAGCCGGGUCACAGGGUGGUUGACUUAGUUUGUGUCGUCGCGGGAUUGGUUUAGGGCCACACUUGUCAACGGAAAGUUCGAAUCAAAAAUCAAAAUCGAGUUGGUGCAUACAUUGCAGGCGGGGUUGCAUCGAGAAUCGACAUAUGGCGAAAACAACCGAGGUGUGAAAAUGGCCGGAAAAUGCCCCUUGCAAUGACUCAAUCCGUUAUCACCGGAGCCACAGGGCACCACAGACAGCGAACGAUAGUUCUGGGUUUCGGCCAUGAUCAAGUGGGUAGGGAGAUCUCGGUCUCGCAUCGAUACGCUGCGACCUCAAAGAGGAAUAUGUGAUCGAAUGCCCCGAUCUGGCGUAGGAAAACAAUACCGGGUCCUUGACAACGAAUUACAUGUCGAUGACUCGCAACAAUUGAGAGCGCAGAUCUCGCUCAACGAAACGAUGCUGUGCUCUGCUGGAUACCACCAGCUUCAUACCAACGUGUCGCUUGCAUCGUCAAGCAAUCCGUACGUGGCUGUAAAGGAGUACGCAAUUAAGGCAUAUCGGAUUUUUGAGGGUGGCAAGCGCUUGAAAUUCAUCCGGCUGGCAUUUUUUUUUGUAUUUCUUUUUCUUGUUGGGAAAUUCAACAAAUUCAUCUCCUCCACAGUUAGGAAGAGCCCGCGAGUGUGUACCAGGCGAAACAUAGGAAGUAUAGAGUGUAGAGCGAAAAUUAAUGAGCGUUGGCAGGAGAACAAAAGUGGAAAACAAGACAUGGCAGUUACUGGGGUUCGAAUCCCUGAUGAUAUCAACUCGACGUUCGCGUGAUAUCUGCAAUUUUGUUUGAAGGGAAUUGGGGGGUAAAUAGUGGAAAGAUGAACGAUCGGGGUGGAGACGUAAUGAGUUUCUUUUCACCACGGGAAAAAGAAUGCGAAGAAAUGACCAAGGACAG